GGUUAAGGGCUUGUAAAGUAAGCAUUUCACUGCCAGGUCUGUUGUAUUCGGUGCGUUUGAGAAAUACAUUUUGAUUUGAAUAUGUCGAAAGGGACUUUUACUUUGAACUCUUUUGAAAUUCUAUGACCCGGAAGUAAUUCAUUUGUGGUUCUGACGAGACGAUGAUCUGACAAAUGUUGUUUAUGUCCAAUCUUUCUCUAAUCUGUUGUUAAAUGUCCCCGUCUAGAGAUAUCGAAUCAAGAAUCUGGCGGACACCCCAGCACAAAAGUCGGUUUGUGAUUAACUUGCAUUUCAGGCGGAUUCCAUGCUCGAAGGAGUGAGAGGAGAAGCCAAAUGGCAGAUGGAAGCCUUCGAAAGAUGUCUAAAAUUGAGCGUCUGAACGCCCGUGUGGCGAAACUGCUGACGGUGGCGGUGCAUGAGGUUCUGCAGGUGGUUAAAGAAACGGUGUCAGAGUAUCAGGAGAACACGGCCAGAACUCAAAGAGAGAAUGCGAGUCUGAGGAAAAUUCUGCAGGAACUCCAGGAUAAGAUGAAGAGAGAGAACACAGGUGCUGUGCAGACUGUGACUGUCCAACUUGAGCUGCAGAAUUGUAAGCAGGAACUUUCGCUGGGGGACGACACUGAACUUUUCCCGUCUGAAGAGGAGUUGACAGAGAUUCUCUCUCCAGAGCCACAUGAUGGGCUUACCAGCGAAAAACCCUUUGGAGUCCAAACAUUUGGCUUUCCUCCUAUCAGUUUGAAAAAGAAGAGCAGGUCGUUCCAUUCAAGGAGCUUGCUGGCCGAGGAACGACCGGAAACGACCACACAGAGCAGAGAGUUGGAUCUUAAAUCUGAGAUAGGACAUGAUACACAUGUAAAGGAACACCACACUCUGGUGACUGAUACUGCGCUGUCAGAAACACUAUUGAGUCAUAUGAACUCCACUCACACUGUUUCAAACUCACUUUUCCCAAACGAUUCCCCUCAGGCCUCUCAACCACUGCUGACUUUUGAGGAGAUCAAACCAGAACCCGAAGUGGAAGCGUAUGUCACAUAUUCAACACCAAAGCAUUUUUAUGACUGUGCAGGCUCAAGCCACAUUUUACCCCAAACACAACUCAAUCGAGAGCCUCUUCAACCUAACUCAGGGUCUUAUGAACUUGUGUACUUCCAGCCUAACCAAAAUUGCUCAGGGGAAUCAUUUGCAUUGGGAAACAAUGCUGAAUCGGCAUUGGACAGAUUUGAGGAACAGCACAAUACCCUCCCGUUUAGGAAAUCUUUUGGUGGAGCAGGAGGGUUGAGAAUACUCCAGCGACAUCUCGGUAGUGAGAAGCGCUACUGCUGUCCUCUGUGUGGCCGAUGCUUCAGUCACGCUGGUGAUUUUAAAAAACACAAGAGGGUCCACACUGGUGAGAAGCCAUACUGUUGUUCUGUGUGUGGAAAGCGUUUCAGUCAGUCAGGCUACCUAAAAAUACACCAAAGGUACCACACUGGAGAGCGACCGUAUGGCUGUACCCAGUGUGGGAAACGCUUCAGUCAUUCUAGUAAUUUCAAGAAGCACCAGCUCACUCACCUAGGAUCAGUGCCAUAAUGUAUGAGAACAUAAGGGAUCUUUGACUGAGAACUAUGGCAUUCCGUUAAUUUAGUUGGUCAGAUUAAGUGUAUGGGGGAAAUGUUCAGGAAAGUGAAAGGAUAAUAUCUAACAGGAGAGAAUUGCUUACUUUGUGUUUAACUUGACAUAAUUACUAAUCUUUGGUAGAGUUUUCUGAUGUGGACAAUAUUGUUAAAAGCUGGUAUUGACAUUUUCAGCACCAAAUCUCACUGAUAAUUAAUGUGCAAGACCACAAAUUACUGUAUUAUUCCUGACAAUGGUGGUGUGGGUCUGGGAAUCUUCCUAUUUGAUAUUUACUACUAGUAAACCUCUAAAUUUGAUUAGAAUGUGUAAUUCUUGUCAUUUUGAAUAAACAAAUAUUUUUCUCCAAAACAAAAUGUACGUACUAUUACAUGUAUGUGUUAAUAAAAUAUAUUACACUG